UUUUCUACUCUACUCGUGCGCUCUUACCUUCUUUUAUUCCAUGGCGUCUUCUUCUUCUUCUUCUAGUACUGCAAAUAGUAGCGUGUCGGGCGGCGGCGGCGGUGGCGGUGGUGGUGGCUCUCCUUGUGGAGCAUGCAAGUUUCUGCGGCGGAAAUGUGUGGCUGAGUGUAUUUUUGCUCCUUACUUUAGCUCGGAACAAGGGGCUGCAAGAUUUGCCGCCGUUCAUAAAGUGUUUGGGGCUAGUAAUGUGUCUAAGUUGCUGCAUCAUGUCCCUGCUCAUGAUCGCUGUGAGGCUGUUGUUACUAUUGCUUAUGAAGCUCAAGCAAGGAUUCUUGACCCUGUUUAUGGCUGUGUCGCCCAUAUUUUUGCUCUCCAACAACAGGUGGCAUGCUUACAAGCACAAUUGAUGCAAGCCAAGGCUCAACUUGCCCAAACCCUGAUGGAAUCAGGAGGCAACAUGGAGCUUCAAUGGACAGGAAGCUUCAAUAACAAUCUCUCGAAUGGAAUCCCAAGCAAUUAUGAGACUCAAAUUAUGAACCCAGCAGUUUCCCCACAGAGCUCAGUGGAAUCAGCAGCCAACAACGAUGCAGCAUUAAUGUUCAUGAACCAUUAUCAAGAGAGCCAAACAUUGGGUAGAAGAAGAUCAGCUUCAUGUCAUGGUGAUCUUGGGGAGCUUCAAGCUUUGGCCCUUAGAAUGAUGAGAAACUAAUUUUCCUCACUUAAUAAAAAAAGGGUCUAAUUUAAGUUCAUGUUUUGUUAGAGAUGAUACUCAUUUAAGGCCCCUUAAUAUCAUUUAAGAACCCUAAAUAUAUUAUGUAUAUAUAAACUCAUGGAUUCUCCUUUCUAAUUUCACACGUUUU